AGAUCCCAUGUGACUCAAAAGUAAGGAAAGAUUAUAAGUUAGCAGUUGCGUAAAGAAGGACUGGGGCAGAUGAGGAUUCAGGAAACUGGAGGUUUAAGAUAUUGAGAGGGAAAGGUGGAAAUGAAGGAGAGUGAAGUGAUGGAAUGAUCCUAGUAAAGUGAUAAUGGGAGUGGAGGAAGAGAAGAGGGGGUGGAAAACUAGAUACAUGGCUACCAAAUUAAGGAGGCAUCCUCAUCCAGAGGAAUCGGCAUUCUUCCUCACUUUGUCUUUUUCUAGAAAGCACUCCUGACGCCCAAUUUCCAUUGGAAGAAAAGAUGUACCCAUAUUGUAUGUUGUGAGAAGGGGUUGUCUCAGCUUGGGGAAGUAAGGAGACUGAUAGGAAGGAAGUAGGAAAGAAAAAGUACAGAAGGAAAAGAGCAUGGAAAGGAAAGGGUCAGGAAUGAGGCCAAAGAGAUUUCUUUAAAGGUCAGAGAAGGCAGGUGGAGGGGGGAGCUGGACAGCUGGGAGAUAGUGAGGGACAAAGGGCAAAGGAAACCAGACCAGAGGACUGGAGAGUGAGAUGAGGUGAGAUGGAGUCCUGGAGAGAAAAAGAAGAGAGGUGAACUUAAUGCUUGUCAUAUGGUGGCCAGAAUGGAGUUGUGGCCAGGGACAUGGAUGCUGCUACUGCUGCUCUUCCUGCUGCUGCUCUUCCUGCUGCCCACCCUGUGGUUCUGCAGCCCCAGUGCCAAGUACUUCUUCAAGAUGGCCUUCUACAAUGGCUGGAUCCUCUUCCUGGCUGUGCUCGCCAUCCCUGUGUGUGCCGUGCGAGGACGCAAUGUUGAGAACAUGAAGAUCUUGCGUCUAAUGCUGCUCCACAUCAAAUACCUGUACGGGAUCCGAGUGGAGGUGCGAGGGGCUCACCACUUCCCUCCCUCACAGCCCUAUGUUGUUGUCUCCAACCACCAGAGCUCCCUCGAUCUGCUUGGGAUGAUGGAAGUGCUGCCAGGCCGCUGUGUGCCCAUUGCCAAGCGUGAGCUACUGUGGGCUGGCUCUGCCGGGCUGGCCUGCUGGCUGGCAGGAGUCAUCUUCAUCGACCGGAAGCGCACGGGGGAUGCCAUCAGUGUCAUGUCUGAGGUCGCCCAGACCCUGCUCACCCAGGACGUGAGGGUCUGGGUGUUUCCUGAGGGAACGAGAAACCACAACGGCUCCAUGCUGCCCUUCAAACGUGGCGCCUUCCAUCUUGCAGUGCAGGCCCAGGUUCCCAUUGUCCCCAUAGUCAUGUCCUCCUACCAAGACUUCUACUGCAAGAAGGAGCGCCGCUUCACCUCGGGACAAUGUCAGGUGCGGGUGCUGCCCCCAGUGCCCACAGAAGGGCUGACACCAGAUGACGUCCCAGCUCUGGCUGACAGAGUCCGGCACUCCAUGCUCACUGUUUUCCGGGAAAUCUCCACCGAUGGCCGGGGUGGUGGUGACUAUCUGAAGAAGCCUGGCGGGGGUGGGUGAACCCUGGCUCUGAGCUCUCCUCCCAUCUGUCCCCACCUUCUUCCCCACACCUACCCACCCAGUGGGCCCUGAAGCAGGGCCAAACCUUCUUCCCUGUCUCCCCUCUCCCCACUUAUUCUUCUCUUUGGAAUCUUCAACUUCUGAAGUGAAUGUGGAUACAGCGCCACUCCUGCCCCCUCUUGGCCCCAUCCAUGGACUCCUGCCUCCAUGCAGUCUCCACUCUUGACCCCCACCUCCUACUGUCUUGUCUGUGGGACAGUUGCCUCCCCCUCAUCUCCAGUGACUCAGCCUAUACAAGGGUGGGGAACAUUCCAUCCCCAGUGGAGUCUCUUCCUGUGUGGUCUUCUCUCCCCCUCUACUCCACAUUGGCCAGUGGACUCAUCCAUUCUGUGGAACAAUUCUCCCCCACCCCAAAGUCCAUGGAUUCAAUGGACUUAUCCAUGUGAGGAGGACUUCUCGCCCUGUGGCUGGAAGCUGAUACCUGGAGCAGUCCUCCCAGGCUCAUCCUGGGAGCUUUCCUCAGCACCUUCACCUUCCCUCCCAGUGUAGCCUCCCAUCAGUGGGGGCUGGACCCUUCUAAUUCAGAGGUCUCACGCCUGCCCUUGCCCAGAUGCCCAGGGUUGUGUACUCUCUGGGAUACCAGUUCAGUCUCCACAUUUCUGGUUUUCUUUGUCCCCAUGGUACAGUUCUUCAGUGGACCUGACCCCACUCAGCCCCCUGCAGCCCUGCUGCACCAUUUCACCAGACACAAGGGGAAGAAGCAGACAUCAGGUGCUGCGCUCACUUCUGCCCCCUGGGGAGUUGGGGAAAGGAACAAAACCCUGGCUGGAGGGGAUCGGAGGGCUUUUAAUUUAUUUCUUUUUCUGUUGAGGCUUCCCCCUCUCUGAGCCAGUUUUCAUUUCUUCUCGGUGGCAUUAGCCAUUCCCUGCCUCUCGCUCCAGACCUGUUCCCACAACUGGGGAGGUAGGCUGGGAGCAAAAGGAGAGGGUGGGACCCAGUUUUGCGUGGUUGGUUUUUAUUAAUUAUCUGGAUAACAGCAAAAAAACUGAAAAUAAAGAGAGAGAAAGA